CCCGGUAUUAAUUUAAAGCAGCUUGUAACUCAGGAUAUUGAAAUUUAUAUAGUAUCCAUUGCAUACCAAACCAUAUGUGACAUGUACUACCCCAUUACUUCACGCCACGCUUUUUUCCCUAAUUUAUUGCUCUAAAGUCUUACCCAUUUUUUCUCAAAAAAAAAAAAAAAAAGUCUUACCCAUUUAUCCAACCACCGUUUCCACCACCAACCCUCCUCUUCCUUCUACGCUUCAAACACUUUUUGAGUCUUUCUUUCGUAAAUUCUGAACAAAACCCAUCAAGCUAAUCAAUCAGAAUUAACCAAAUAUUGUAUGCAUGAAAUCAUCACCGAUGGCAGGGUGGGUAUUGAACAACCAGAAGCUGAAUUCCAAGGCUUCUGAUGGGAACGAGAUGAUGAUGAUGAUGAUGGGUCUUGAGCAAUCUCAAAAGCCUGGCAAUGACCUCAUGCAGAAUUGUGAUCUGCCUCCGCCUAUGAAGGUUUUUACAGGCUCAGAUAAGACGGUCAUGUCGUCCAUGAAUAGAGUUUUUGGAGGCAUGAUGGCUAAAGAAGAUGAGAACGAAGAGUUUAACGUCUAUAGAAGUGGCGGUGAGAAUGAGAAGUUGGAGCUUUUGAAGGCCUUAAGGUCAUCACAAACGCGUGCAAGAGAGGCUGAAAUGAAAGCAGCGAGUUUGGUUAAUGAAAGGAACUGUCUUUCCGAUGCUUUGCUAGAGGAGGCAAUGAGAUUGUAUGCUUAUCGGCAAUGGGUGAGAUUGCUUGAGCUCCAAGUUUCAAAGUUGCAAUCACAAUGGCUACAACAACAAAACCAAAACACUGGUUGUGGUUGUGGGGGAUCAAAGGGUGCAGAAGAGUUGUUGAAAGAGGGGGAUGGUGAUGACGAUGGUGGAGGUGUGACAUGGUUUUUGGCUUUGGCAUUUUGUUUGGGAUUUGUUGGUGUGGGCUUCGCAUUCGGUUAUAGAUACUUGUCUUGAGAUGGGUUUUUCUUUUUUCUUUUUUUAACAUUUGUAAAUGUUUUCAUUUGUUCCUUCUUUGUCACAAGGGAGCGAUCAGCCUACAUUGUGUAUAGACAACUGGGACGAGGAAAUGGUUGUUAAAUGUAGUACUGUAUAAAUGAUUUAAAAAAAAAAA